GCUCGGACCUGGCUGGGACCAGACCGCUCAGGCCCAGCUGACCCACCUUGUGCGCGCUCCGUGCCAAUGGCUGACGGGCUCUUCCAGCGCAAAUCCUGGGGCGCGGAGCCGAUGCGCCCGGACUCCGACCCCGAGUCUGAAGGCCUGUUUGACAAGCCUCCUCCAGAAGAGCCGCCCGCCACCCGCGCGCCCAGGUCCGCGUCGGCCGCGGGCAGGAAGGGGCCUCGGCGAGCCGGCGGGAGGGCGCAGGGGGCACGCACCGGGCAGUCCUUAAAGGCUGCUGUGCGCCCCCCGCCCAAAGAGGAAGCGCCUGCCCUGGACGAGGGCUGCUAUCUCGACCACUUCCCGCACCUCUCCAUCUUCAUCUACGCGGCCAUCGCCUUCUCCAUCACCUCCUGCAUCUUCACCUAUAUCCACUUGCAGCUGGCCUGAGUGGCCGGCGCGGGGCCGGGGAGGCGGGGAGGGACCCGAGGGAAGGAGCUCAGCAUUGUGUUUGGGAGACGCGCCGCACACCCUUCACCCAGCUUUCCAUGCGUGUUCCUUCUCUGGUAUCGCUGUCUUAUCUGUCCAUCAGUGGGAAGAGUCCAGGUAUUGGCCCGUAGUGAAAUAAGUGGCGGGGGUGGGGUGCUAUUUGCAGCUACAGGUUGGGGACGAGGCGCAAUCAGCACCCGGCGUUUAGAAGUGCGCUUGAACCCCGUUUGUAAUUAAGACGAUGUCCCUGAACCCUAUUGCUUUGUGACGUGGAGCACGCACAGAGAGCCCAGCAAUCUUUUAAGAGAGGAGGCAACCCCUGGGCCUCGCAGAGAAGGGCCCGCGGGGAGGGUGGGCGCCCCGGCUCGGGCUGCGCUGGAGCCCUGUGAUGCUGCAUCGCCCCCGGGGGCAGCCACUGUGGCCCGGAGCUGGCGCAGUCAGAACUCAGAGCGCCGGGAGCCGGCGGACCUGGGCACGCAGCGCGGGCACCACAGGAGCUCCGGACAAGGGCUUUGCUGCGGCUGCCUGAUGGAGCCGAGAGCUGUAACCAGAAGAGCUGUCCCACUAGGAGGCCACGCUUGGGACGUGUCCGGGGCUGCGUGGGACCCGCGACUGUGGAACUCCCGGGACGCAGGCUCGGACCUCAUGCGUCCGCGGAAUGAGACUGGGGACGGGCGCUGGCUGGGAUCCACGGAAGGACUGUCCUAGGGGUCUGGGGCUAUGCGGAAUCUGUCACUGUUCUGGUUGGGGCUUAUCAUUUCAGACCCAAAUGGGCUGAUACCAGCACCCACGUUAGCAGGUUAUUCUCCCACUGUCGUCUCUGUUUACUCCCGAAAGUUGACCGUCCAAGGACAGCCUCAGCCACCGCAUCUCCUUUACCUGACAAGGGUAACUGUGUUCAUUCUGAUGGAAUAAAUCACAUCUUCAU